UUUCUCCCCCUGCCCCGGAAGUGCCGCACUCCCGGAAGUCGCGCUGCCCUCUCGGUCUCUUUCCGCCGCCAUCUUGGGCCCCGCUCCCCGCACAAAAUGCCCGGCGAAGCCACAGAAACCGUCCCGGCCACGGAGCAGGAGCUGCCGCAGCCGCAGGCGGAGACAGGGUCUGGCACAGAGUCCGACAGCGAUGAAUCCGUACCAGAGCUCGAAGAGCAGGACUCCACACAGGCCACGACGCAGCAGGCACAGCUCGCAGCUGCCGCCGAAAUAGAUGAAGAACCCGUCAGCAAAGCAAAACAGAGCCGGAGCGAGAAGAAAGCUCGGAAGGCAAUGUCCAAGCUGGGCCUUCGCCAGGUGACAGGAGUCACCAGAGUCACCAUCCGGAAAUCCAAGAACAUCCUCUUCGUCAUCACAAAGCCAGACGUGUACAAGAGCCCGGCGUCAGACACCUACAUCGUCUUUGGCGAGGCCAAGAUCGAAGACUUGUCCCAGCAGGCUCAGCUGGCAGCUGCCGAAAAGUUCAAAGUGCAAGGAGAACCUGUUUCCAACAUCCAAGAAAACACACAGACCCCCACCGUGCAGGAGGAGAGUGAGGAAGAGGAGGUUGAUGAAACCGGCGUGGAGGUGAAAGACAUCGAGCUGGUGAUGUCGCAGGCGAACGUGUCACGUGCGAAGGCUGUGAGAGCCCUCAAGAACAACAGUAACGACAUUGUAAACGCAAUAAUGGAGCUGACGAUGUAGCCGCCGGAGGGAGGAGCCUUUUUUGGUGUUUCAGAGAAGAGUAAAAUACAGCUAAAUUUAAAAUUUGUACUAUUUCUAUCGGUUAAUAAAGUUGUGGCUUAUUGUUGGUGAAA